AUGCCGGCUGUAGCAGCGGUCUCUGCUCCGCAUCCCUCUUCCCUUGACCAGCCUGCCAGCAUCCUCCCUGGCGCCGCGUCUGAAGCUUCACAAGAAGUUUCCGCGCUACAGUCGUACGAAUUAGAGCCUUCUGCGCUGCAGCCUUCCGCGCCACACCCUUCCGCGCUGGACCCUUCCUUUUGCGAUUCCUCCCUGAACCCUUCCAUUCCGCCAGCAGCAGCAGCAGCAGCAGCAGCAACAGCAGCAGCAGCAGCAGCAGCAGCAGCAGAAGCAGAAGCAGGAGCAGGAGCAGCAGCAGCUGAAGCAACAACAACAGCAGCAGCAGAAGCGGGAGGCGCAGAACCAUCUAAUUCUCUAGCCGCAGGGAGCAGCGCUGAGAGCGCUGCAGGUGCGGUCGUGGCGGGAGAGGCAGCAGCCAUUGCGGAAGCACUCUACGGCGCAGAGGCAAGGGGGAACGGAUCAGGGGCGCAAGGCGCAGCGGGGCAGGAGUCGGGGGAGCAGGAGGGAGGGGGGGUGGGGGUGAAAGGGGCGCACGAGGCCGUGACCGGGGCACAAAGGGCAGCGGGAGCAGGGGGAGCGGGAGCAGAAGAGGCAGGGGGAGCAGGAGCGGGGGGGUCCGGGGGCGCGGGAGCAGGAGGCGCAGGGGGAGCGGGAGCAGAGGGGCCAGAGCAGCAGGUGGCGGAGGCGUGGCAGCGCGCGUUGGAUGAGGCGGAGGUGGAGAUCCGCAAGCAGGCCAUCGAAAACGAGUUCCUGCGCUCCCAGCUGCGCGUGCUCGAAUGGCAGAUGAGCAACGGAGCGCUAGCAAACUCCGCGCCUCCUGACGUGGACGGGCUGCUCUCCCCUUCCUCCGCGCGCCUUCUCCCUUCCGCUGCUACUGGCGCGGGGCUUAGCCCAGGUAUAUCUAGGGCAGGAACCAUCACAGGCGUAGCAGGCGCGGGCGCUUCUAGCGGCCCUCCAGGCGGUUUUAGCGGUGCUCUAGUAGGGAGUCCGCAGAUAGCGGGGAUAGGCAGUGCAGCAGCCGUGGGUACUGGUGGUAUUGCCCCUGCUGUAGUGGGUAUAGGUAGGGCUGAAGGGACAGUAGGGAGAGGGAGAGGCGAAGGGAUUAUGGCUGCUGCGGCAGCAGCUGUAGCACCAGGAAUGGCUGGUGGUAAUGGUGGUGGACUGGGGGGGCUGUUAGGAUCAGAUCAGGUGGUUUCUGGGGAAGGUGGGGCAGGGGGCGGGCUGACUGGGCACGUGCUGGACAGGGAGCGUGACAGCCUGGCGUUGACUCCGUUUGACCAGCAGUCGCUGACUGUGCACCCCUCCAACUCCACGUCAUCACGCCAGCUUGCUUCUCUGCAGCCCUUCACUAACGACCUGACUCGGUCAACGGGCGGGGCGGCAACGUCCGGCCCUAGUGGGUCGGCGGGCGGCGGAGAGAGGUCCGUGAAUGUGGGAGAGCUGAUGCAGCGGGUGGCAUCGUUGGAGGAGCAAGUACGAAGCAAGGACAAGCUUCUGGCUGCUGCCCAGGCACGGGAGGCACAGCUACAGGCAGAGAAGCGGUCGCUGGAGCGCAGGAUGUCAGAGCUGCGACUGGCGUUUGACGGGCAGCAGCAGAACCUGAUGGGGUCGGCACAGAAGGCUAUGGGGUACCGCCGUGACGUGCUGGAGGAGAAUGUGCGCCUCACCCGUGCGCUUGAGCGAGCGGAGCAUGACCGCAUGCUCUUCAUAUCCACGCUCACGCCGCUAGCAGGGGAGUUUGGCCUCUCUGCCACCGCCUCUGCCGACUCACACCACAUGCUGCUCUCCGUCAAGUCUGUGCUGCAGCAGCUACUUACCCGAACCACUCGCAGCAACGAGGGCGGGCCAUCACCCCCUCUCCCCACGCUCUACGGCACCACAGACCCCACCCUCUCUGCUCUGCUGCUCGCCAGUGGCGCCAACCCCAGCAGCACCUCCCUCUCCGCCAACUCCCUCUCUUCCGCUGCUGCUCUCUCUGCUGCUGCCUCGCCUCUCCGAGCCUUGGCUGGGCUGGUGCCUCCUGCAUCUGCACCUGCAUCUGCACCUGCAUCUGCACCUGCAUCUGCACCUGCUGCUGCUGAUCCUCUGCUGCUGCAUCUUGCUCUUGCGCAAGCAGGCCUACCAUACGACCCUGCCUACCUCUCAGGCACGGCAGCAGCAGGAGGCAUACAUCCUUUACACUCUGCUCUGCACCCGGCCACAGCUCUCCCCCCCAUCUACGCCUCUCCCACAGCCUAUCCUACUUUGCAGCUUCCGCAGCAGCUUUUGCUGGGCUCUCAGCAGGAGAUGGGAGGGGAGGGCGCAGGACAGCAGGAGGCAGCAGGGGAGGGGCAGGCGAGGGAGGGGGAGGAGGGGCAGGGGGAGGAGGAGGGGGAGGAGCUGCUGCCGGGGAUAGAGGGACUGAGGGUGAUAGGGGAUGCUGCGAUGGGGAACAAGCUCACUGCAUGCGGUCACUCAGUCAACGGCACCAAACUCUGCGUCUUCCAGUGGGUGCGGCAAUACCAAGAUGGCACAGCCGAGUUCAUUGAAGGAGCAUCGUCGCCCGAGUAUGCGGUGUCAGCUGACGACUGCAACGCCAUCAUCGCAGUGGAGUGUGUACCGCUGGACGAGGCAGGCAGAAGGGGGGAGUUGUCUCGAGUGGUGGUCAAUGAGGGCAACUUGAUCCAACUCGAGCCCACGGUGCAGGACACACUAGCAGGAUGGCUGGCAGAGGGGUCCACCCAGUUUGAAGCCACCCUCGUGGAGAUCAGUGAGGGGGAGGAGCCACAGGAGCAGCAGCAGACACCGCAGGCAGUGACGCUGCAAGUGAGGAGGCCGGACUUCGUCCUGCGCAAGGCCAAGAAAGCGUUUAUCAAGGAGCCAUGGGGGAACCUCACUGCGGUGGAGAUCAGUGUGAUGCAUCGCAUGUCUCUCUUUUUCAUCCUCGCCGAUGGCCGGCAGCUCUUCCUUGAUUUCAGGGAUGCCAGAACGAGGGACUUGGCAACGCUCUGCAUUCGGCAGUUCAAGGCCAACGUGCAUGAGAAGGGCUCCUCGCGGAAAGGCCUAGGUUGGCUCGGGAUCAAAAAGCCAUGA